AUGGAAGGUGUGGCUGGGGUUCAGAGAGAAGGAGGGUGGAUCAAGGCGGCGCGUCGUCACUUUCGUGGAUGGGUUCCGCGUUGGGAUGUUUUUCCGGCAAGGAGUAAUGUAGAAGGUGAUGUUACUUCGUUCUACAUUUCAGAGUUUCCCGAUAACUGCAGAGCAGAAGACCUCUUUGGUUUAUUCGGAUGUAUUGGCAGUUCGGUGGAGGUAGCAAUUGCACCGAGGAGAAACAAAUUAGGCAAACGGUUUGGUUUCGCGAGAUUCUCAGAUGUCGUAGAUGCUCGAGGGUUGGGUGUUAAACUGGAUAAUGUGACAUUCGAAGGUAAGAAAAUACACGCGAAUAUUCCAAGGUUUGAGAGACAAGGAGCUGGGGGUGGGAAGCAGGGGCGGAGAGUUUCGUCUUAUACUUAUGCUGCGCGCGAGGCUACUGCAAAUGGUCCUCAGGUCAAGCCUUGGGGAGGGAUUAGGUAUAAUGGCAGAUCAUUUUGUGAUGUGGUGAAUAACGUUCCAAGAAGGGACUGUUUGGUGGAAACUCAGACACCUGUGGUUUGCGUUUCGUCGAAGGAGGAAAUAGAGAGGUUUUCAAAGGCUUGGGUUGGUCAGCUAAGCAUUUUGGGUUCUGGUAAUAGCAUUCAGAAGAGCAUUGAAAGAGCAGGAUUUUUUGGUGUAGUGGUGUCGCCGCUUGGGGCAAAGAUGUGUCUAUUGGAGGAAAUUGAGGACGGGGCGAUGGCAGAAUUUUUGGGGGAGGAUGAUGGUUGGUGGAAGAGUUGGUUUGUAGGGAUGUCGAAGUGGAGCAAGGAGGUGGUGGACGUUUCGAGGGCGGUGUGGAUUCGUGUGUUUGGGAUUCCUUGUCUGGGGUGGAAUUCUACAGUUUUUUCCUCAGUGGGCAAUCGAAUUGGAAAAUUCAUUUGUGUCGAUGAAGCAACUGCAGGUGGUCGUAAACUUGAUGUCGCCAGAAUCCAGGUUUGCUCUGAUUUCACCUCUACCAUCCCAAAGUUCCUUGAUCUGAAGCUGGAUGGGAACACUUUUAGGCUAGUUAUAGAAGUUGAACAUCAACCAGUUUAUUCUUCUGUUUGUUCUCCGGGUCUGACUUGCGAGUCUCUUUCCUCUGAUUCGAUCGACUCUGAUGAAUGCGAGUCGUGGGGAGAUCAAAUGUCUAUGAAUUGUGGUAACAGUCUGGAGCAUAGGGGUUACGAUGAUGAUUUCAUCUAUGAAGAUCAGGUUGUGGGAGAUUCAGUUUUGGACCCGGUGUCUGUUCCAUCAGAGGCGAAGAGUCGGGAUGCGCCGGAGCCUUUGAAUGAGGACUCUGCUGCUGAGUCGGCAGCGGGAACAGGGAAGGAGACGGCGAGGUUAGGUGGAGCUUUCGAUAGAGCUGUGUUGUCUGUUAGUUCCGGCGGCAGGAAAGUAAGAGUUUCCAACCAUCAGCAGAGAGCCUCUUCGGUGUCGGAGGAAGGGGAAAAUUCGACAGUUCCGUGUUCCCUGAAGAGAAACCAAGUUUUAGUUCACAAAAAGGCUAAGUAUAGGAAAGUGGCUGAGUUUGGAGGUAAUUCUAAAACCAAACUUUUAAGAAAGAUGAAGGGAAUGAGUAGUAAGGGGAAGUUCAAAAAAGCCUUGAAGUUUAACAGGUCAGGAGUAGUGACAGCGGAUACUGUGGAGGUGUUAAAUGAUAUUGAUCAAGGAAAGGUUUAUAGUAAGAAUGGAGGAUUGUCUUUAGGAGGGGAUGUUUCGGUUUCGGUUGGCAACCAAUCCGAGAGUGAUUAUAUUUUGGCAAACAAUUUAAGACAAUGGAAAAUGGUGAAUGAUGAGGAUGGUCAAAAGCUAAAAUCGGCGAUUGAGGCAUUAGGGGUGGAUUGUUCCAAAGGUAGACCUCCUAACGGUAGGAAAAUGGAAGAUGGAAAAGGAAAAGAGGUGGUGAGUGUUUUGUCCGAGAAGGAGUUCCCGCUUCCGUUGAAAUGA